GCCCGUGCAGGCGCAGAAGGGUUUUCCUCGUGCUCUCUGGCCCUAUUUGUACCGUCUUUCUCUCUAUUUAAGCAUUCUUCUACCUGUCCAUUCUCUUCGACCCCACUCGUCCGUCCCGUGCGCUGCGGCCCGACUGUCAUUUGCUCAUUCAGCUGCUUUCUUUCUCUUCCGCUUGAACCCUCGUCAUCAAACACCACCUCAUCUCAUACGCCACCAUCAUGUUUCGCAACCGUGUCGCGCUGGCCACGCGCUCGGGCAUGGCAGCGCUGCGGAGCUACGCGACCGUGUCGCCCGUGACCUCUGCCGCCCGCAACCACAAAGUCGUCGUGAUAGGCGGCGGCAGCGCCGGUCUGGCCAUUAGCCACCAGCUGCUGCGCACGGGCAACUUCUCCAGCGAAGACAUUGCCGUCGUCGACCCCGCGCAGUGGCACCACUACCAGCCCGGCUGGACCAUGGUCGGCGGCGGCCUCAAGACCAAGGAGGAGCUGCGCAGGCCCUUGGCCAGCCUCGUCGACCCCAAGCUCAAGUUCUACAACGACGGCGUCGGCUCCUUCACCCCGGACGACAACUUCGUCACCCUGGCCAACGGCGACAAGCUCGCCUACGAGCAGCUCGUCGUCGCUCCCGGCGUCAAGGUCAACUUUGGCAGCGUCAAGGGCCUGCCCGAGGCCCUCGACAACCCGGACUCGCGUGUCUCGUCCAUCUACGGCUACGACUACUGCGACAAGGUCUUCCGCGACAUCAAGCCCUUCAGCAAGGGCUCGGCCAUCUUCACCCAGCCCGCCGGCCCGAUCAAGUGCGCCGGCGCGCCGCAGAAGAUCAUGUGGCUGGCGCUGGACCACUGGAAGCGCGCGGGCCUGUACGACGCCAAGAACCCCUCCGGGUCGCCCGUCCAGAUCACCUUUGCGACGGGCAUGGGGUCCAUGUUCGCGGUGCCCAAGUACAGCGCGGCGCUGGAGCAGAUGCGCCAGGACCGCGGCGUCGAGGGCCUGUUCACGCACGACCUCGUGGCCAUUGACGGCAACACGGCGACUUUCGCGCGGCCCGACGGCCAGGAGCAGGUGAAGCGGCGUUUCGACCUGCUGCACGUGGUGCCGAAGAUGGGUCCGCACGCGUUCGUCAAGGAGAGCGCGCUGGCGAACGAGGCCGGCUACGUCGACGUGCACCAGCACACGACGCGGCACACCAAGUACGGCAACGUGUGGUCGGCGGGCGACGCGUCGAGCCUGCCCAACUCGAAGACGGCGGCGGCCAUAACGUCGCAGGCUCCCGUGCUGGUGCGCAACCUGGUGCAGGCGCUCGAGGGCAAGGAGCCGGCGGCGUCGUACGACGGCUACGCGUCGUGCCCGCUGCUGACCGAGUACGGCAAGGUGCUGCUGUGCGAGUUCAAGUACGGCGGCGAGCCCAAGGAGACGUUUGCCAAGUUCGGCUUCAACCAGGCCAACCCCAGCCGCGCCUUCUACCACCUCAAGAAGGACUUCUUCCCCUGGGUCUACUGGAAGUCGUACGUCAAGGGCACGUGGGCCGGUCCUUCGGGCUGGCUGAGCAACUAGGUCGGUUGGGCCUGGGUGUGUAUGAUGAUGGUCAUGAGAUAAUUAGAAUAAU